UUCGUUCUUAAUUUUAUGUUUUGGGACAAUCUCAAAAAAUUGGAAACUCAAAAUUGUCACGGUGCAAAAAUUGUCCUAACUUGCGGUACCUGAUCGCAAAUUCCUGCAAUGCAAUUGUCAUCGAACGAUCGAAGUAUCAGUGAAAUCAGCUAUCCUGGCAAGAUGAGGCCGAAGACAAUGGAGAAUAAAUGCUCGAAAAGAAGAAGAACCUGACGGGUGGCGUAUGGGAGGGGUGAGCCCGUUAUAAGAUCGGUGGCCGUCAGGUGGACGGUUUAGUCCGCGAAGAACCAGGAACCCAAGGGCAUCGUGAACACCAAAAAAUACCGUUUUGUUUUCGUUGUUCAAUAUUUCGGGCCCAAUUGACAUUGUUUCGUGAUCGACGAAUUUGAAAUGGUGACGAGAGAGUACCUUCUCGGUCUUUUGUUACUGUUCGGGUGUUCACCCGGGAGGUUUGCCCAAGAGGAUGAUGACACUGUCUCCAUUGAAGCUGCAGAACCUCCCUUACAGGAGCGCACAGGGUCAGCUCGCAAUAUCGAUUGGAUGCAGAAAUCAGCACCGGGGGGUGUCUGUCUGACGUCAAAAGGCGAAGUUGGCCAGUGCACAACGUUCAAGGACUGCUAUCCCUACUUCAAAAUUCCCAAUCUAGGAUCAUUGGAUGGAUGGGUCCUGGGGGUCUACGAUACAUGCAGUUAUACGCGUGAGGAUGGACGUAUGGGGUUCGGUGUUUGCUGUUCAAUGGAUCCAGCGACCUCACCAAAGCCUGCUGGAGAUAAUGGGCCAAUUGUUGAGGACCCACAGGAUGUUGAAGACACUAACAACAAAAAAGACUCGCCGGUCACUUGGCCCCCAGCUCUACCAACUCAUCCUCCCCAUCAUACAAUUCCCCCUCUCCCCACCCACCCGCCAUUAUCAAGCCCUGGAGGGAUUACAUCACGUCCACCAUCCGUGUCCACCACCAGAAAACCAGCGGCCACGACCUGGCCGACGAAAAAGCCUGCCUGGUGGCCAGGAGCUGCCACCCCCAAACCUCUCGUCACUACAACUUCUAUGAGCCUCAGCUCGUCCGAAUGUGGGGCCAAAAAUGGAAAACAAGAUCAGGACAGGAUUGUCGGUGGACAGAAUGCUGAUCCUGGCGAGUGGCCUUGGAUAGCUGCUCUGUUCAAUGCUGGAAGACAGGUCUGCGGGGGAUCUCUGAUUGAUGACAAGCAUAUUCUAACAGCUGCUCAUUGUGUUGCUCAUAUGAAUUCCUGGGACGUUGCACGACUCACCGUUCGUCUUGGCGACUACAACAUCAAGACUAAUACGGAAAUUCAACACGUCGAGAGACGUGUGAAGAGAGUCGUUAGGCACAAAGGAUUUGAUCCUAGAACUCUUUACAAUGAUGUGGCGAUUCUGACUCUCAAUGAACCCAUUGAGUUCUCAGAGAUGAUUCGACCUAUUUGUCUUCCUGGUGGCUCUCAACUUUAUGUAGGGAAGACUGCAACGGUCAUCGGAUGGGGGUCGCUCAGAGAAAGUGGCCCUCAACCAGCUGUUCUUCAGGAAGUCGCUAUUCCAGUCUGGCCUAAUAGUGAAUGUAAACAGAAGUACGGAACUGCUGCACCGGGGGGUAUCGUUGACAGCUUCCUUUGCGCUGGAAGAGCAGCUAAGGAUUCUUGUUCUGGCGAUUCCGGAGGGCCAUUGAUGGUCAAUGACGGCAGAUGGACGCAAGUAGGAAUUGUCAGUUGGGGAAUUGGAUGUGGUAAAGGACAAUACCCAGGUGUCUACACGAGAGUCACCCACUUCCUACCCUGGAUUUACAAGAAUCUCAAAUAAUUU